AUGAAAUGUUCUGAUCUUAAGUUCCUGGAAAGCCACAGUAUCUAUUUUAGUAGCAUAAUAGAAGAGUCCAAAUACUCUGCAACUUAUGUUGUUUAUUCCCAAAAGGCACAAACAAAUCUCAUAUUAAAGAAAAUCAAAAACAUAUACUUUAAUGAACAAGAUUAUGAUUAUAUCGAAGAGAUUAAAGAGGAUCAGCCAAUCCAGCUCUAUUCAUACUUCAAGCAGAAAAACAAUGUCUACAUGCUAAAUGAAUUCAUUCCUAAGGAAAUUUUCAGAAGAAGGAGAAAUUCUUGUUCAUUAAGCAAUGAACAGUUAAGAAAAAUAUGCUUUGAUGCAGCAAAUGCAAUCAAAAAUUGUCACGAAAAGUUUAUUGCAUAUUCUGAUGUAAGAAGCAAUUUAUCAUUGAUUGAUAGCAUCGAAACAGGAAAUUCUGAUUUUGUAAGGACAUCAAUGCUCUUUAUGGCUCCUGAACAGUUUGGAAAGAAAGAAUAUGACCCGUUGAAAGCAGAUAUUUAG